AUUCCAGCAUUUGAUCCCCCUUUCACUGCUCUCUGACCCCAAACGAGGCUUCGAAUCGUUGUGCCUCUAGGGUUUAUCUAGGGUUCUUCUUCUUCUCUUCUUGCAGAAGAAGAAGCCACAAAUGGCUUCUUUCGUUGGAUUAGCCGACCAUCAGAUAGCACUCAUCGAUGCAGGAAACAAACUCCUCACCCCUCCUUCUUCAACUCAAGAGCUUCUUACUCUUCUCAACGAAACAGAGUCUCUGCUUCGAGACGUGGGCCAAGAUCAACCCUUGUCAAUGCAACACGCUCUGAUUCCAUCCAAGAACGCUUUGGUAUCAGGCCACCUCUUGACCCAUCCUGAUUCCGAUGUUAGGGUUUCACUUGCUUCCUGCUUAACCGAAAUCACGAGGAUAACUUCUCCUAAUGCUCCUUACACUGAUGAUCAAAUGAAGGAGAUUUUUAGGUUAACGGUAGAAGCUUUUGAGAAACUAGCUGAUGCAUCAUCUUCUCGUAGCUAUGUGAAAGCUGAGUAUGUUCUUGAUACUGUCUCAAGACUCAAUUCUUGCUUGGUCAUGCUUGACUUGGAGUGUGAUGACCUCAUUCUACAAAUGUUUCGCAUCUUCUUGAAAACCAUAAGAUUUGAUCAUCCUGGGGUGGUGCGUUCAUCGAUGGAAAGGAUAAUGGUUACAGUAAUAGAUGAAACCGAUCAAGUAUCCAAUGAUUUGCUUGAUACUCUAUUAACUAGUGUCAAAAAGGAAAACCAGAAUGUUUCACCAAUGGCUUGGAGUCUUGCGGAGAAGGUUCUUAGUAGAUGUGGUAGUAAGCUUCAACCAUACAUCAUGAAAGCUUUGAAGUCUACAAGGACCAGCUUGGAUUUGUAUUCUCAAGUUGUUUCCACCAUAUGCCACACUGUUUUUGAAACUCCUAAAGUCCACAAUGAGGAAAAAUUGGGUUCCAAGAAACCUGCAAGAGAAGGGCGAAUCAGUAAGAAUGACAAAGUAAGAAAGGGAAAUAGUGUGAAGCAAGUAGAGUCUGAAGGUAUAGCUGGAGAAAAAGAUUUAAAGAUUACAAGGAAGAGAGGAAGGAAACCCAAUUCUUUGAUGAAUCCUGAGGAAGGUUAUGAUAUUACUUGGCUUUCAGGGAAAAGAGAUUCAUUGAAGACAUGUUCAAACAAAAAGGUUAGAGGAUCAUCAUCACUUGGAAAGGUGGCUGCUAAGAAAACACCUCCGGCUCUGUCUGGUUCAGUUAAACGAAGGCGGGUUAGUAGUACUGGUGCGAGUGAUGAUGAUUCAGAUUCUCUUGAGGAAGAAGAAGCAAACCAGGAGAGCUAUGAAGAUGAAAGAAAAGUUAGAAACUCAAGCAAGAAGAAGAAGAAGCCUGUUUCUGAAACUAAGGCUAGAGGGAAAAAAUCAUCAGCUAAGACAGAUACUAAGAAGAAGUCUUACACGAAUGAGUUUGUGGAGGGUUUGGUCGGUCAGAGAGUUAAUAUCUGGUGGCCGCUUGACAAGACUUUUUAUGAAGGGGAGAUAAAGUCUUAUUGUAGUAGUAAGAAGAUGCAUGUGAUAUUAUAUACUGAUGGAGUGAGGGAAGAGCUUAAUCUCACUAAAGAACGCUGGGAGUUUCUCGAGGAUCUAUCUUCUGACAGUGAGGAUACGGAGGAUGAUCUGCCAGAUUCCACUCCUUUAUUGGACAUAAUCAAGAAAAGCAAGAACGUGGCGGUGUCUGGCAAAGGUGGAUCUAAGGCUGGUGUUGUUAGCGAAAAAACAAGAGAAGGAAAGAGAAGAGAAGAGCAGGAAGUGAGUGAAGAUGAGGACAGUCAAAGCGAGGAUGAAUAUUAUAAUAGUGAGAAGCAAGAACCAUUCGAAAACAAAAGUGCUGAGAGCUUGAAAAUGGCUGAAGCUAAGGAAGAAGAAGAGAAACAGGAUCCAAAUUCAGAGACUGAGAGUGAAGGAGAGGGCUCAGAGUCAGAAGAAGAGCCGAAGUGGAGAGAAACAGAGGAUACUGAAGACGACGAAGCAGAAGAGGUAGAUGAGAAAGUGAGAAGCACAAGCUUGGGUGAUACUGAGAAAGACACUGAUGAAUAGAGAGAGAGUCUUGAAUUGGAGUUUAUACUUAGGACAUUAGAAGUUUCUACUUUAGACUUUGUUACACACUAGGUUGCUAGUGAACUACUUUGAGAUAUGACAGUCACUUGGCUUGUGUUGUGUGUCUUGACAGUUUGUGACAUUUGUAUUUUAGAAGCAUAAUCAUUGUUACUAAUACUAGCUAAAAGUUUAUGGUUAUGUGUUGC